UUAGUUAUAAUAAUAGUAACAAUUGGUAUACGUACAAAAUACUUAGAUAAGGAUUUUCGCAAAAUUUCAUAAUGCCUGCCUCAACAAAAGGUGGAAGCAAGCAGAAUGAAGAUGGAUGGGAACGGACCUUAGUCACUCUCGAAAAGAAAAGUGCAAAGCAAGGUUUUGGUAUUGCGAUUUCAGGUGGUCUUGAUAACCCUCAUUUUAAAACUGGAGAUACCUCAAUUAUUGUCUCUGAUAUUGUGCAAGGAAGUCCUGCUGACGGAAAACUCAAAGUUGGUGAUAUCUUAAUAUCUGUAAAUGAAAGAAAUGUUGAUGGUCGUUCACACCAUGAUGCUGUUGAAGCUCUUAAAGCAGCUGGGAUGGAAGCUAGAAUGGAAAUAAAAAGACCAUCAAGUAAUCCUCCAAAGAAAAAUGUUGACAACUUAAAUGAUAGCAAAGUCAAUGGUUCUAAAGAAACAGACUCUGAACGAGGUAGAUCUCGUAAAAAACCAAAAGAAAUGGAACAAGAGAGCGGCAAAAAACACCACUCUAGUCACCAAAAAGAGGAUGACCAUGAUGGUGAAAAGCCUCGGCAUAGAAGCAAAAGUAGAGAAAAAGGAGAAGAAGGGGAAAAGUCAAGUAGAAGUCACAACAAAAGUUUAGAAGAUAAUGCUGACACAGAUAGGUCUGAAAGGUCUCAUAGAAGUAGAAGUAAAAACCGAGAAGAUAGUGAAGGGGGAGAUAAGUCAGAAAAAUCUCAUAGGAGUAGGAGCAAGAAUAGAGAAGAUAAUGCUGAAGGAGAAAAAUCCCAUAGAAGUAGAAGUAAAAAUCGAGAAGAUGCUGAAACAGGAGAAAAAUCUGAAAAAUCUCACAGGAGUAGAAGUAAAAAUCGAGAAGAUGCUGAAACUGGAGAAAAAUCUGAAAAAUCUCACAGAAGUAGAAGUAGAAACAGAGAAGAUGCUGAAACAGGAGAAAAAUCUCAUAGGAGUAGAAGUAAAAACCGAGAAGAUCCUGAAACUGAAGAAAAGUCCCUUAGGAGUAAAAGUAAAACUCGUGAAGAUCUUUCAAAAACAACUGAGUCUGAAAAAUCAGAAAAAAUACCUAAAAGUCAAAGUAAGGCUUCUUUAGGUGGAAUGGAGAAAGAAAAUAGUGAUAGACAAAAAAGUAAAACUCGAGAAGAUGCUGGGGAAGAAGAGAAAGCUAGAAUUAUGAGUACUCAAAGUAAACCAAAUAUCAUAGAAAGUAGUGAUAAACAUAGAAGUAGAAGUAAAACACGAGAAGAUACCGAAGGAGUAGAAAAACCUAGAAGUAGAAGUACUCAAAGAAAACCAAAUGAUAUGGAGAAAUUAAAUUCUAGCAGGGCAAAUGAAGAUGGUGAAAAAGCUUCAAGUCGUAGUCGGAGCAAAUCACGAAGCAGAGAUGAUUUAACUCGUUCAAAAAGUAAAGAAUCAUUACAUAGAAGCAAAAGUAAGGAAGCUUUAAAUGUAGACACAAUUAAAGUGGUUCUGAAUCGUGGAGAUCAAGGAUAUGGUUUUUCACUAGGUCAACAAAUUUUUGUUAAAGAUUUAGCAAAAGAUAGUCCUGCUGCAAAAGCUAAAAAUUUGGAAAAGGGGGAUAUUGUUCGUGAGAUCAAUGGCACUCCUCUGGAUAAUUUAAAGAUUUCAGAAUGUAUAGAAUUAAUACGAGGGGCUAGUGAAACUUUAACUUUAACUAUAGUUAAAAAACCAAAACUAGAACAAGAUAUAGUACCUGAAAAACCUAAAUCAUUAGAAGUAAACGAUGAGAAACCUAAAUCUAAAGAACCAUCUUCUGGGAAAAAAAAACAAGAAGUCUCAGAACCCUCUCUUAAGACUAAAGAACAAAAGAUGGUUCACAAAGAGCCUGAUCAAAAAUCAUCUAAAAUUACACCUCCAGAUCGUCAUUCAUCUCCAGUACCCUCAAAUGAUAAUCAUAAUGACACCAAAGACUCUUGGGCUGAAGCUACUCCAAAAAAACAUUUUUCAAGUGCAGCACAUCCAAAUCAGGAGGUAGAAGAUAUGAAUGCAAAAAUUGAACGUUUAAAGAGUAAUCGCAAGUUAGAGCGAAGAAUGUCUCAGCUGCCAAAUGCAAAGGUAAUCUCUUUUCACAAAACAGGAAGUGUUGGAAUUCAAGUUGCAGGUGGUAAUUCUGUUGGUAUUUUUGUUGCUGCUAUACGUCCUGAUAGUGCUGCAGCAAAAGAAGGGCUUAAGCCUGGAGAUCAAAUUAUUAUGUGCAAUGAAAUAGACUUUGAAAACAUAACUCGUGAAGAAGCGGUCUUAAUUUUGCUUGCCCUUCCUGAUGAUGUAUCACUUGUAGUCGAAAGCAAACAAUCAACUUUUGAUCAAAUAAAAAAAGAAUUAGGAGAUAAUUUCUUUAUUAGAGUUAAUUUUGAUCAUGCUGAAAAAGCAAAUACAAAUGAGUUAACAUUUCGAAAAGGAGAAAUUUUCAAUGUUCGUGAUACUAUGUACCAAGGUUUGAUAGGGUAUUGGCAGGCACAAAGGGUUGGAAAGAAUGCGCAGAUGCUUGAAAGAGGUGUCCUCCCAAAUAAAUCAAGAGCAGAGCAACUUGCUAUUGCACAGAAGAUGGAAGAAAGACAAACACUAACACCUAGUAAAUCAAAAUUAAAAAGAAGGAAUUCCAUUGGUGGCACUCUUAAAAAGCAAAAAUUUGUUUCACAAGACCGUUUAGAUGAGUUAUCUUUUACUGAAGGUGUUCAAAUCCCAGCUUAUGAACGUGUUGUACUUAAAGUAGCUGAUUUUAUGAGACCAGUUGUUGUGCUUGGUCCUUUAGCAGAUUUAGCCAGAAUAAAGCUUCUUGAAGAAAUGCCUGAUCGCUUUGAACUUCCAAGUCCAUCAGCUUAUGAUCAUCCUGGUGAUAACAACUCAAUUAGUUUAUCAGAAAUUAGAAAUGUCAUAGCAAAGAACAAACAUUGUUUGUUGGAUAUAGUACCUGAAGGAAUUGAAAUGCUUAUGUAUGCACAAUUAUGUCCGAUAGUUGUUAUGCUAAACAGUCCAUCUCGGGGUGCAGUCAAAGAUAUGAGGCAAUCUUUAGUUAAAGAAAUAUUAAGUUCUCCUACAAAUGUCACCAAUUUUACAGGUGAUCCACUGAAUGCAAAACAGGUUAAAAAUCUUUUUAAUAAUGCAAAUAAACUGAAUGAAUUUUAUCCACAUGUCUUCACUUCUAAAAUUAACACUCAUAUUGCUGGUGGAGAUGUUUUAAGUAGAGCAUUUUAUGAAAAAUUAAAAGAGGUUAUUUUUACUCAGCAAUCACAAUCUGCAUGGAUGCCAGAAGAAAAGCCUGAUGAAAUGUUGGAUGAUAUGAUGUUUCAUCAACCAAAUUAUAUCUCUUAUACAUCUGGUGUUGAUAGUGACACAGAGGGUGAGAGUGCAUCUUCUUCUCCUGUUUUUGCGAGAAAACAUUACGAUGAUAAUGAAAGUCCUCCUGAAUCUCCGAUUGAUGAUGCUCCAGUAUUUAAUCCUCCUGAACCAGAUAAAAAACCUACUGAUAAAGAAAAGACUAGGGAAAAGUCUAAAGAUAGAAAGAGGGAUCGCUCUAGUGAAAGGGAUCAUGUUAAAAAUGAAAAGGUUAAAAAAGAUAAGGAUCCUAAAGCAGCAAAAGAACGAACAAUUGAACCUUAUGAUGUAGAACCUCCCACAGCUAUUCUUGACAAAAAUAUAGAUGUGAGGAGUUCACUUAGAAAAGAAUCAAGUAAAAAUGUUCCUCCCACCAAUGAUUACAGGGAACCUCCAAAUGGGUAUAGACCACCAGAAUAUAAUGAGUUCUUGAAGCAAGACUAUAGAGAGUCAUUUAGAGACAACAAUAGAGACUCUGCUUCAACAAAAAAGAUUAAAGAUACUGUUUAUGAACCAGUUUCAUUAAAAAUUAAUGAGAAAGAUCUGUUGGAAGAAAAUGUACCUGUUCUUCGUGAUCCAAACUAUGUACUUCCAAAACCAAUACCUGAUUCUCCUCCUACAAGAAGUCCACCUGAAGCAAGGCUGGUUAAUUCAGUUAGAGUUUUUCCAACUGAAAUAAAAACAGAAGUUUCGAUGGAUGAGAAGAUUCGCUCCUUAAAGAAAGUUGAUCCUGGUGAAGACCAUUAUGAUAGUCCAAAGCGGCCUGUCUACAAAGAGCCUGAGCAGUUACCGUCAUAUAGAACUAACCAACCUGAGGAAGUACCUACAAAAGUUCUUACAUUGCAAGAAAGAAUGAGCAAAUUUCAGCAAAAAGUUACAUCUCAACCACCCAAGGUUGCUGUUCCACAAGAUGAAUCACCUCCUCCUCGACCAUCUGCUCCGAGAAACUAUAUUAUUGAUACAAGAAAUCAGCCUGGUUCACGUCAAGAGCUUUAUGCUCAAAAUAUUUAUAAACCAACAACUCAGUAUCCUGAAGUAAAACAAGUGUUAUCAAAAUCAAAUCCAAUAGUAGAGCCUUAUGCAACAGUAAAUUUUGCUCCAUCAGUUGAAUCAUCUGUUCCUAAUUAUGAUAUUGUGAAACCACGUUCUCAAUUAACUACUAACCUAGAUUAUGGCAACUCACGUCAGGAACAAGAACCGUCUUAUCUUAAUAAUUCUGACUCACACUACAAGCAACCUUCAAAAUAUGAGGGGUACAGCAUUCCUUCAUCUAAUUAUAAAAAACCUUCUAAUGAUGACUAUUAUCCUCCAUAUAAACCUCCACAAGAUAAAACUAAUUACCGAGACGAAGAAGGUGAUGAUGAACCUAAAGUUAUUGCAACUGCAAGAGGUUGGUUUGAUCAUCGUGGAGGUCUUCUAGAGUCUUCAGAAACAAAUGUUAGUAUAUAUAUUCCUGCUGGUGCUUUACCUGCUGGUCGGCAACAAGAAGUUUACUUCAAAGUAUGUCAAGACAGCAAGCAUAUGCCUCCUUUAGAUUCAAGUAGCGGUGAAACUUUAUUAAGCCCUCUUGUUAUGUGUGGACCACAUGGUCUUAAGUUUAAAAAGCCAAUUGAGCUGCGACUUCCUCACAAAGGAGCAACUAGUGAUGGAAUGGCAUUUUCGUUAAAGUCUUCAGAUAGUACAACAGUAGGAGGAAGUGGACCUGGACAUUGGAAAAAUGUAAAACUUGGUGGAAGAGAUUUAGAUUCUGGUCGAGCUUAUCAAGUUACAGAUGAUACUGUUUCAGUUCUUGUCGAUCAUUUCUAAAGCAUUUUUCGUUGCCGUCAGUUUUGUUACUCUGAUUUUAAACUUCGAUCGAAUUAUUUGUUUAUAGUCAAAACAUUUGUACAAAAUUGUCCUCUAUUUUUAUACGUUUCCGUCAUAUUUAUUAUGUACGGAUUAUUUAUUUCAAAUUCGCUGAAACGGUUUAAAGUCUAAACACUACACCAAAAAGUGAAUGGAUUAAUAUCUUACACAACGUGGUACACAAAUGUGAUCAGAAAACUUUGAAACAUACUAUAAUUUAUACAUUGCUAAUGCGCAAACUAACUGAAUGAUUAUUGCUAUCUGAUCAUGUUUUUAUUUCUGUAAAUAAUUACUAAUCAUAAUUUUGUAUUUUUGACAAGAUUUUCUUUCUUAAUUGACAAUCCUUGUGCAUUUUUUUUUUUAGGAUUUAUUGAUUGUGAUUUUAUAUUUCUUGCUAUUUUUGUACGUUUUGGUUUGAAUACUUUUGUAAAAUACUUCUUUAAUUUGGCUAGCAAUGGGAUAAAUUGUUUUGGGGUUGAUUUUUAAGUAAUAAAAUGGCAUAAUUAGUUAUAUUAAAAUUUAGUUAUCAACAUUUUAUACACAUUAAUUAUUUUGUAUUUCUUUUAUUUAUAUUUCUUUUUUUUAAAUCUUGUCAAUUCAUUUUCAUAAUGUAAAUUUAGGUGUGAGUAUAUUUUAAAACCUUUUAA